AUGGGCGACGAACAAGAGGCCUUUAGCCCCCAGGGCGAUGUAGAUGAGCAGAGAUCCGCCACGCUGAGCCUCGACCCUGGCCACAACGCGGACUCGCGAGACCUUGCGGCGAUCGAGGAAGUGGGGCUGCAGCUGCAGACGGAGUUGAACCGCGUGCGCGACCUCCUUCAAAAGACUGUUCGGCGACUCGCGGCAUACGCUGGGCGCGCCUUGCCGCCGCUGGCGCAGGAUGCCAGCGAGCGGCAGACGCGCGAGCACCGCGAGGCGCGAAAGCGGAUGCGCGCAGAAGAGGCCGCCGCGAUUGCCUCCGCGGAGCAGACGGCGGAGACUCUGUGGGAUGCCGACUGUCGCAUUUUCGCGCCGUUUUUGCAAGAGGUUCGCGAGGAGCCGCGAGGGCCGGAGGAUGACGACGAAGCCGAGGCAGGCGCAGCGGCCAGCGAGCGGCGGAGACGCCGGCUGGUGCGAGAGAGAAGGAGACAGGAGGGAGAGGCAACGAGGGAGCAUGACAGCGUCGCUCGGAUUCUGGCGAGCACAAAACGUCCUGCUGCGACUCUAGAGGACGACCCAUGCUACAAGCUCGUGCAGCCCGCGCGCGGCGCCGCUUCGUCCGGCGCAGACGAAGACGAGGACGUGUGUCUGGGCGGCACUGGCGGAGAGGAAUCCGAGCGAGAGGACGCAGAGGAAGAUGCAGUCGAAGGCAAAAAGUUUCGCCUAGCUUCAGUCGUCUUCUCAAAGUGUCCGAUCACGCAGGAGCCAUUCCAAGAGCCUGUCUCCACUCGAUUCGCCUCGGAGGGCCGUGCCUGCGUCCACGUUUUUGAGAAGGAGGCCAUUCUCGCGCAGCUGCGACGCUCCGACACGCCGGGCGCGGUCUCCUGUCCGUUCGCAGGGUGCCGUGCUGUCAUCUGCGCGACUAGUUUACAGGACGACAUUGAGACGAAACUGCGCAUGCAGCGCGGCGACGUUCGGGAUGCGCAGGACUCUCUGGAUCGCGAGCCGCCUCUUUCGGCUCUUCUCGCGGAGGCUGACUGGAGUUCUUCGGAUAACAGUGGAAGCUGCGAGCCUGGCGGCAGCCACAGGAAAUGA